GCCGCGUUCUUCAACAUUCCGUCAAUUGAAGCCUCUCCAUCUUUUUUAUUAAUCGCAUUCAAUUGACUUUUAAUCUUCAACGUCGUCACAGUCUGCUCACUUCGGGCCACUUCCUAUCUUUCUGUUAGCCCCCUUCAUGCGCAUCGCUACCCCACAACUAUAAAUAUGCCCCGGCGACCUGGUCGUGCAGCCGCCAAGCGCGCUGCUGCAAAACUUGAGAGCACCCCGAGAGCCCUCGAGGAGAUCGAGGAUGAGAUAAUGCCAGAUGCCGACGCAUCAGAUGGGGAACAGCAAGCAGAACCUGAGGAACAAGAGAACGAAGAUGAAUCCGGCGCCGAGGCCGAGGAGAACCAAGACUCCGAUGUGCCAUCCGCGAAAUCACCUUCUCCUCCACCCCAACCAGUCAUCCGAAGAAGACGUCUAGGCCGUCCUCCGAAGAACCGACCGCCGGACUGGGAUACCCUGCCGCUCGAGACUCCCCAGCGCGAUCCGAAUGAAACUCCAAGGCGCCGCGGUCGCGGAGGGUGGAGAGGUAGAGGCGGUCGAAAGGGAGCUUCUUAUCAGCCGACGCAGCAAACGAUUGACAAAGAAGGCAAUAUGAUGGACAUUGUUGACGAUGAAGUUGCGUUGCCUGAGGAUCCCGAAGGAGAGACCAAGGUAGACAAGAUGGGGAACUUGCAAGGAGGACGCGAGUACCGUUGCCGAACAUUCACUGUAGCGGGCCGGGGAGAUCGCCUCUACAUGUUGUCCACUGAGCCUGCCCGUUGCGUGGGAUUCAGGGAUUCAUACUUGUUUUUCACUAAACACAAGCGCCUUUACAAAAUCAUUGUGGACGAUGACGAGAAACGAGACAUGAUCGAACGCGAUAUCAUCCCCCAUUCGUACAAGGGUCGUGCGAUAGGAAUCGUCACGGCCCGCUCGGUGUUCAGGGAGUUUGGCGCGUUGAUUAUCGUCGGCGGAAAGCGAAUCAUUGACGAUUACGAGGUCGCCAAAGCCCGAGCCGAGGGCGUUGUCGAGGGCGAGCUUGCUGAUCCUAAUGACAAGUUCGUCGAGGGCGAGGAAUACAACAAAAAUCAGUAUGUUGCUUGGCACGGUGCUAGUGCUGUUUACCAUUCAGGGGCACCCUCUGUUCCUACUCAAAGCGGCAAAGUGGACAUUAAAAAGAGGCGUGUGAACGUUACAGACGUCAACUGGCAAUUUGAACACGCCCGCGAGGCAAGUCGCUUCAACUCCGAAAUUGGCGCUGUUCGACGGUUGAACUUAUCUGGCGUCUAUGAUGUUCACACUAAUAUGUUGCAAUACCCUGCCAUAAUGCAGCCUACGCACGCGAGAUUCGAGCAAGUUGCAGAUUCCUCUGCCCCAACUGGUAGUGCUCGAUUCCCACCACUGGACCCUAAGAUCCCUCGUAAUUUUAAGGUUAUCGACGCGUAUAUGGAAAUCCCCCCAGCCGGUCUCUCAUCCGCCGUAUACGAGCAGCGAGAGGUCCCGGACUUCCUUGCUGAGUUCCAGGGGCUCGGAGCGGUAUCGAAAGACGUCUUGGACGAGUUACCAGCCGAAUGCCGAGAAGCGUUUGAGAAGGCGCGGGAGAGGGAGAAUUCUUGGAAAUCUAAGUGGGGCCCGGAGUCGACGACGGCUCACCGUAGACCUCCUAUCAUCGAUGCUGCAAUCGUGCCUUAUAGCAGGAUGUGAGGUCAUUGUGAUCUACUGCCUUCUUAAUUGGCAGGCAUAGCAAUACGCAUACCAUUGCUCUUUUCAAGGCCGUUUUGUUCCAUAAUCGCCGUUUCUCGGCUAACCAUAAGAAAGCUAUGUCCAACCCGGCGUUUUUUUAUACUGGUAAUGCGUGCACGGUCGCAGCUUCAUCAUGAUUAUGUACGAGUAGUGCAGUCGAGGGGGGGGGGCGUUUUAGGUCGCUGCGAAAGAAAGAAAAAAAGACACGACAGGAUGUUGUCUUAGGUAAACGCGGCAGAGUUGGCAUCGAUUUAGUAACUAGGCGUUUUUAGCUUUAAUGGUAACUAUUAGAUUCUCUACACCUGUGGUAUAUGGGUGUGAUCCUAAUUGAUUCGAUUUAGCUACCUCCUAA